AUAUUUCUUAUGGGUAUAUAAAACACCUAGCUAUAGCUAAUUUAACUAGAGUUGUUAAUUAUCCAGCUAAUUAACUAAGCAUGGUUAAGAGUAGCAAAUCUAUCUACUUGUUCGCCAUCUUUUUAAUCUUCAUCCUCGCCGCCAAAAUGAUGAUGAAGAUGGCAACAGCACAGUAUUUACUUUGUGGGCGUAGAAGCAGAACAUGGUCGGGGUUUUGUUCAUUUUUUUCGUCGGAUGGGUGUGAUCGUCAGUGCCAGCAUUGGGAGGACGCGUUCAGCGGAGCAUGUCAUGGAUUUCCUCAUCACGCAUGCUAUUGCUACUACUUUGCUGAAUACAAACAGGAUUAAUUAGAGUAAGUGAAGCCGCCAAAAGAUAAAGGAUUACCGUCAGGUCAGUGUCAAUAGAGUGAGCCGCUGUGAACGUCGACGGCAGAAGCAUAGUGAUAUGUUACGAUCCUUGUGCCUCAUAUGGGUCAAGUUUAAACUUAACCAUAUGCUGCGGAGAAUUUCCACUAGCAAUGGAGUUUUGGGCUCAUUCCUUUCUCUAGGAGCAUACCAGAAUGGAAAAGGAUUCCUCAUGAUCAAAUUCAAAAAUAAAACUUAGAAGAAGCUUUGAUGUACUAAGCAACAAUACUGAAAAUGAUAUAUUUUUUGACAUAUCAUGUUCCGUUAUCGGAAUGGACAAUGACUAUGUUGAACAA